UAAGACCACUAAGCGCAGGACAGUGAAAGAAAUCCUGUUCUAAGAGCCUGUUUUACUCAUAAUAGCAUAUAGUUAUGCAUAUUAUAAUCAAAUAUAUUGUGUUUUUUGUAUCAAGUGUAUAUUGCGAGACUAACCCCCACCAAAAAAAGUCUUAUGAGGAGGACCCCCAUAAGACUUGGUUCAAUUCGAGCGCUGCAUAUAACUGAAUGCUACUUAAAUGAUAUAUAGAAAAAAAUCAUGAUUCAUAAAACUGAUCAUAUUUUUGUCACUCAUGGUAAAGUAAGACUGAAUCUGGAGAGGGUUAAGGACGUGAAAUCAGGGACAAAAAAGCAAUGAGUAAAAUGAAACAUUAUGGCCCGGUUCUUGUUUCAACUGAAUAUAACUUGCCCAGAAAUAUCUUGAAAUACAUCCGUAGCACUGUUUUCCCUCAAGAUGCUCACCAGUAAUGCAUUCUUAAGGCGUUUUCAUAAAUAUCUGAAUCCAAAUAAGUUAUGAUCGUGGCUUAAACCAAGCCGUGUCUUUGAAACCAGGCCUGCGAGUGAUCUACAAGUUUAAACUCACACAUCCUCCAGUCCGACAGAGAGCAGCAGAGAGCGAUUCUCCACGCGAGACUAAGAUGAGAAGAAGAGACGCAUUAGCUCAAGAGCACUUGCUGCUGUCGCUCUGUUUUGCUCUUUAAGAGGUUUCGGUCAAGGGAAUCCAAGAGAAGCACCACAGAAGAUUUUUCCGAGAGCACGGCUUGUACGUUGACUGUUAACUUUAACAGUUCGUUCAAUACAAAAUGAUUCGACAACGGAUGUACUGCCAUCAGUGUAAAAGUGUGAAUUAAGCCCCUGAAGACAAACAAUCUCUAAACCGGAGGAGCAUUACCUGAUCCUGGCUCUGCUUCCACACCCUCACAGGAUCUACUUUACAUUCACGAGUAUUUCAGCGAGUUUCUGCCUGGAGUCUCGAUAACUUCGCGUAAACACGAGGCCGAUAACCCUGUGAGGAAUCAUGGCCAAAGUGCAGGUGCUAAACGUGGCGGUUUUGGAUAACCCGAGUCCUUUUGGAAACCCGUUUCAGUUCGAGAUCACGUUUGAGUGUAUGGAGGACCUACCUGAAGAUCUCGAAUGGAAGAUCAUCUAUGUUGGCUCUGCAGAGAGUGAGGAGUACGACCAGGUUCUGGACUCGGUUCUGGUCGGCCCGGUUCCUGCAGGCAGACAUAUGUUUGUUUUUCAGGCGGAUGCUCCAAAUACAGGACUGAUCCCUGAGAGCGAUGCAGUUGGCGUGACCGUCGUUCUGAUCACAUGCACCUAUCGGGGGCAAGAAUUUAUUCGCAUCGGCUACUAUGUAAACAAUGAGUAUACAGACCCCGACUUGCGAGAAAACCCUCCAGUCAAACCGGACUAUACACAGCUUCAGAGGAACAUCUUGGCAUCUAACCCUCGCGUGACCCGAUUCCACAUUAAUUGGGAAGCAACGAUGGACAAGAUGGAAGAUUCUGAGAAUGUAGAUCCCACCCCCAACAGCAUGCUCCCACCCACUUCCUUGCCUGGGAAAGCCCCGCCCCUCGGACUCAUGCCUGACAAUUCCAUGGACUUCUUAUAGAACAGAUUUUGAUUAUACACAUAAACUACAUCUAAAUGUGCUAAAUAUUUACCAAUUCAGCUUUUGGUGCAGGUGUAACCGGACACUCAGACUUACCUCAAUCUUUAUUGGCACUUACUGUCCUGACAACACAUCUGAAAGUGUGGUGGAACUUCACAGGCAUCCUCUUGCACUCCCUGUCCUGGGCACCAGGGGGCUGCACAUCCAGAACUAGCACACAUGGAAUGUUCUUCCAACGCUAUUGUCUUGUAGGAGAGCUGGAUCUCAUGAAAAUUGUCAAGAACAAGUCUAGGUCUAUCUUUUUUUAUCCCAAAUCCAAGAGAAAUACGGAAUUAACCUAAGAAUGAGAAAUAAAGGAACACUUAAGAUAGAAUUUAACAAAAAAUGUACUUACCUGUCGUAUUAAAUUAAGUGUUAAAAUACCUUAGUACUUCUUAAUAUAGGUGACAUUUUCUUGUGGUGAAAUGAUAUCUCUUACUUUUAUUAUUAUUUUAGAAUUAGAUUUGAACCGUGUGCUUUCGUGAAAUUCACCCAUACAACUUAAGAGUCAGACACUUUGGAUGUUCGGAGUGAUAUCUGGGACUCAUCACAAUUCCAGCUGUACUUUAGUCCAAGUAGGACACAGCAGGGAUCAUUGUGAUAUGUGACAUUACUUGGAAAACUGUUUUUUUUUACCUGUUGGUUUAUGUUGAUUCACAACGUGUUUGAUGUGAUUUUGUUAAAAAGUCUUAGAUUUAAUAAAUGUUAACUUUUGUUCUUUGUAAA